AUUUUUUUAAAUUAUUUUUUCAUAGUACCAAAAAUAACUCGAGUAAUACUUCGUCCAGUUUUACCAAACACGCAUUUCUGUUUGUUGUUAUUGCGGAUUAUUAUAUGUUAUUGUCAAAGUUAUAGUACAGUAUUAAAUCCCUAUACACAAUUUAGUUAGAUAUUUGUUCAUUGUUGUAAUAGUUGGAGAACGAAAUCAUAAACCUGUACAUCUGAAAAAUUAAAACAUCUUUUCAGCAAAAUAAAGAAAACAUAAAUAAUAAUGAAAAUAAAGCAACUUUUGCCAAUUAACUAAUUAAUAGAAGUUCGCUUUGCUCUAAUCAAUCUUUUCAAUUAAACGAAUUUGUUUACACUUUUUAUUACUCUAAAUAAAUACGACCAAUUUCCGAAAAAUAGGCCAAUUUAAAUGAAGACACUUCCCCUAAUUAGUGUUGAUUUUUGGAUUUGUCGUUUUUUAAACUAAUUUCCUGUGAAUUCGGAUAAAAAGUUUUACCAACCGAAGGAAAAUUUUAUAGGAGUAUCUUGGACAGAUUGAUAAUAUUUACUCAUUGGCUAUUAAAUAACUUUAAGUUCUAAAACUUGCAUGAGAAUAUUAGUCCAAUAGCUCACUACUUGGUAUAGUCAAAGUCUUAAAGCAAACAGAAAAGUUGGUCUUGAAAUAAUUAACUAGGUACUUUCGCACAUGCUUGUAUGAAUCUAUAAUAUCUGUAUCAAUUCUGAUUUGGCGAUUGGAUUAAUAUGUAAAUAACAGAAAUAUAUAUCGAAUUGCUUCGGUUUUUUCGAUAUACUUAAGGUAAUUUAAUUUAGUUUGCUUUACUUUCUUAAAUUCAUGAAUUAAUUAGCAACGAAAUUUUCAUAAAACUUAUUAGGUGAGCGUAUUGUUGGCAAUGAUAUAAAAGCAAAGGACUUGCUUGAAUAAGGCAGUAUCAACUUAGUGUUCUACUGUCUACCAACUACUAAAAAUGUUUAAGAUAUUAGUUUUGUGCGCUUUGAUUGGCAUUGUUUUGGCCCAAGAAGAACAUCAUCAUUACAAGGAUAUUGACUAUUACGCCAUUCCUCACUACGAAUUCAAAUACUCUGUGAAAGAUCCCAAACACCACGACGUACACGAGCAACAAGAGCAUCGCUACGGGAACAAAGUGAAAGGCGAAUACUCUCUCCAUGAGCCUGAUGGCACUAUUCGAAUUGUGAAAUACGAAGCUGACAAAGAAAAUGGUUUCAAUGCGGUAGUGGAAAGGAAAGGUCAUGCCAUCCACCCUCAACAUUACAAAACCUACAAAGACUAGACAUGUGAAUUCAACAGUUUCCAAGAGCUUUGCCCACCAAAGUACAACCACAAUUUUAUAAGA